GCCAGGUAAUCUGGGGCAGAAUAGAUUACCGCCUCGCCGCGGUUCCUUACGGCAAUUUGCCCCCAGGCUCCCCCAGCAAUUCCAACUUCCAAGAAUGAUCGGCGGCAAUCCGUCACCGCGCCGUGACAUCACCGCCUCUGUCCGCGGCCAUAAAACAUCACUUUUUCCGCUUUCCGCUUGACAACAUCAGUACCAACAUACGAACGAGCACCCUUAACCCGACCACUACACAUCCAAUCCACGAAAUCCAAACAAUAAGAAUCGAAACAUCAUGGACUACGUCAAGAACCUUACCGGCGGCGGCAACACGCAGAAGAAGCCCGAGGCGACAACCCAGGAGUCGAGCGGCGGCUUCAUGGACAGCAUCAACGGUGCUCUCGGUGGCGGCAAGCAGAGUGAACAGAAGGAAGAUUAUCUUGACAAGGGUAUCGACCUCGUCCAGGAGAAGUUCAUGGGAGCUGGACCCCAGGACAACGAGAGUGCCCUUGAGCAGGCAAAGGACGAACAGAUUAGCGAUUUCAUCCGCGGACAGUACAAGUCGACCACUGGCAGCGACAUUCCGAUCAAGGAUAAAUAGAGGUUGAGCGUUGGAAAUCAGGAAUUAAUUGUGCUUUGAAGUGACUUUCCAGUCGGGCAUCUCCAUAUGACUUUUUGUAUGUGUGUAGUGCUAGUGCGGCCAGAAUUGGGGGCCACUUUUGAAAUCACAUGAUCCGUGAAAUAUUGCCGUGCCGAACGAUCCCGACCUUCGCGGCUAAGUCUCACGGCGUCGUUCAGGCAAGACUGGAAACCCCCG